AUGUAUAGGCUGAAUGGGGCCAACUACGAACUGGUCGCCCCUAUAGACAAAGCGGGAGGGGACCCCAUUGCGUGGCGAGGGGAGUACGUGGGGGGUUUUUACUCACUGCGGACCCACCAGCCUAUGCAGGAAACAUCGGCCUCGGCUUCAUGGCAAGUCAGGUACCCCGCGAGUCUGCGGGGUGUCCAGGGGUCGUGCGUCCUGAUCCCCUGCACCUUCGACUACCCCAUGGACACCCCGGAGAGCAUCACGUCCAUCUGGUACAAAGACAACGAAGGGCAACGCAUUGUGGCUUUCCACUCCUCCACUCCGGAUGCGGUGGAUGCUCAAUUUCAAGGCCGCACAGAACUGAUCGGAGAUGCUCUCGGGCAGCGCAACUGCACCCUUCUCCUGAGAAGCACCCAGACAAGGGACAGCGGCAAGUAUAACUUCCGGUUUGAAAUCGACGCGAAGAACCGCUGGUUGGAGGUGCGAGGAGUGGAGCUGACAGUCGCCGACACUCCGGACAGUCCCACUAUCGCUUCCCCGGACGAUCUGUAUGAGGCCAAGCCGGUGACUUUCAACUGCUCCAGUCCCUACGUCUGUCCCUACGACAGCAUCUCCCUGCGGUGGACCGGACACAACGCAGAGACCUCCCAUGUUUCCGAGAUGGUCCAGCUGGACACAGGAGGUGUGCUGCAGAAGAAAACCCUCAGCAGUUUCUUAUCCUGGCAGGAUCACCACCGGAAGCUGAGCUGCGAGGUGGCUGCAGGUGCCCUGGCCAAAGCAAAGGAAGUCACGCUCCAAGUGAAACAUUCUCCCAAAGGUGUCAAAGUCUCCAUAAGCCCAUCUGCAAAAAACAUCCGCGUGGGGGAUGCUACAACUCUCGCCUGCAACGUGGUGAGCAGCUACCCAGAAGUCACAGCUUACAGGUGGUUCAAAGAUGGAGUGGCCUGUGGAGAGGGGCAGGUGAAGACCAUCCAGAGCGUCACCCGGGAAGACUAUGGCCAGUACCACUGUGAAGCUGAGAAUCCUGUUGGGUCCACAGUGGCUGAAACGGCAACCGUCUAUGUUUUCACUGCCCUGCUGACCGUCAGCCCUUCUUCCGAUGUCCAGGAAGGUGGGACCGUGACGUUGACCUGUGAUGUCCCUGGGGAAGACAAGCAAGAGAUCCACUACAGCUGGUUCAAGAACAACAUCUGGAUGAAGGAAGGCACCGCCCGGACCCUGAUCUUUCACGAGGUGGCUGCUGGGGACACAGGAUAUUACACGUGCAAAGUGCAGAACGACAAGGGGAGCGAGAAGUCCCAAGUCGUUGGGCUGAACGUCGUCUAUCCCCCAAGACCACCCACCCUCGCCUUGUUCCAAGAGACCCAGGAAGGGAAACUGGCCAUUGUGCUCUGCACCGUCGACAGCAACCCCCAGUCUACCUUGAGCCUUUUCCGGGGCCAGCAGCUCAUUGCAACCACCAAUUCGCACUCAGCCCCCAGACAGCGGAUCGGCAUCACCACCACCCGCAACUCCCUGAAGCUGGAGAUCCAGAAGGUGGUCCCAGAAGAUGCAGGCGAAUAUCAGUGUGCAGCGACCAACAAGUAUGGAAACGCCACCACAACAAGAUUCUUCGGUGCCCAGACUGCUAGGGUGGUGGUCAGUCCUUCUGAAGAGGUCCCUGAAGGGGAGAGAGUCACCCUGACUUGCCUGGCUACCUUGGAACCAGAAGAAGAGACCGUUUACACCUGGUACAAGAAUGCCAAGUGGCUGCAAGAGGGAAGGGAAAACUCGCUCAUUUUCCCAGCCACGAUCAGCACAGAUGCCGGGACAUUUUACUGCGUGGCUAAGAAUAAGAAGAGCACCAACACAUCACCAGCCGUCACUCUCCAUGUGUUGUACCCCCCAAGACAACCUGAGGUGCAGUCCUUCCUAGAGACCCAAGAAGGACAUCUGGGCAUCAUCCAGUGCAUGGUUGACAGCAACCCGCCAUCUGAGAUAGCUUUGUACAAGGGAGACACUCUCAUAGGUUCCACUAGUGCCUCCUCCUCAGUUGCGGACCCGCGGGUGAGUGUGACCCCCUCCCACAAUGCGCUCAAGGUGAGCAUCAAAGGCGUCACACUGGAAGACGAGGGACGGUUUGUGUGUUCUGCUCAAAACCGCUACGGAGACACCAGCACCUCCGUCGACUUCACAGCUGAAACUGCCAGGAUCAUCCUCACGCCAUCCCCAGAAGUGCCCGAAGGCCAGGAGGUCCAUCUGUCCUGCCUAGUGAGCAGCAACGCCUCCACCUCCACCAACUACACCUGGUUUCAGAAUGGCCUCUGCCUGCCAGGGGCACUUGGGGACUCUCUGGUGUUCCCACAGGUGGCCAGAGGGGACGCUGGGAUCUAUUUCUGCCGGGUGGAGAGCCACGGAGUCAGCAAAAGCUCUGCCUCCGUCACCUUGUCUGUGUUGUAUCCUCCAGAGCCUCCUCGAGUGGCUGUCUUUGUGGAGGCGGAGAAAGGGAGGACGGCCCUCUUCCAUUGUUCUGCGGACAGCAGUCCCCCUGCUGAGUUGAGUCUCUACAAAGGAGACCACCUCAUCGCCUCCACUGGGUCUCCCAGCGCAACCCUCCCAAGGGUCCGGAUGUCGGCUGCCCACGAUGCCAUGUCUGUGGAGAUGGGAGACGUAGUGCCAGAGGAUGAGGGCAGCUAUCGUUGCGUUGCUACCAAUGCGUACGGUUCCUCCGCCACACGCCUUUAUUUCCAUGUGCAAACGGCACGAGUUCUGGCCUCCCCAUCCCCAGAGCUGCUGGAGGGAGAUGCCGCCAUUCUUACCUGUGAUGUGCUGGGAAGUGCGCCAGGUGAUGCCACCUUCUGUUGGUACAAGAACUCCAAGCGCCUUCCAGACAACAACUCCAGCACACUCGCUUUCCCACAAAUAACCAGCAGGGAUGCCGGCUCCUACCACUGCAAGGCCCACACUGCUGAGGAGGCCAGUCUCAGUGUCUCCCCACCGCUCAGCCUCAUCGUCUUCUACCCCCCACGGAAGCCUCAGCUGACUUCCUUCCUGCAGAGGCAGGGGGGCCCGGUGGCUGUCCUCCAGUGCACCGUCGACAGCGCGCCCCAAUCCGUCCUGCUCAUGUUCAAGGGGGACGAGCUCUUGGCAUCCAGCAGCAGUUCCAACCUGGCUCCCGUACAACGGCUCAGAGUUUCCGCUUCAUAUAACAGCUUGAGGGUGGAGAUCCGGGAGGUGGUGGUGGAGGACGAAGGGGGCUACACUUGCUGGGCGAGCAACCUCUACGGUAACAGCAGCGUCUCCAUCACGUUCACCGCAGGGACGGCCCGGAUCUGGAUUUCCCCUCUGGAUGUCCUCGAAGGGGACUCUGCGAACCUGACCUGCGCCAUCGACAGCGGUGCAGCUGAAGAGCCACACUACACCUGGUACAAGGACCACAGAUGGUACACGGAGGGCCCCUCCCGGACGCUGUCCCUUCCCAAUGUCACCGUGGCCGAUGCAGGAGCCUAUAGCUGUGCACUGAAGACUUCUGAACGGGUGUGGAACUCCUCCCUGGGCAGCCUGAAUGUCCUCUACCCGCCUAAGAACAUCGAAGCAGCGUCCUUCUUGGAGGCUCAGAACGGGCAGGUGGCCAUCCUGGUGUGCUCCGUCGACAGCAACCCCCCGUCGCAACUGUCGCUCCGCCAAGGCAAUGAGGUCCUGGCCUCCACCGGCUUUUCCCGAGACCACGGAGCGCCACCUGACCCUUCUCGGAUGAGCGUGGCUUCCUCUCCCAACUCCUUGCGACUGGAGAUCCUAAAGGUCCACUUGGAUGACGAAGGGCACUAUGAGUGCCUUGCUAGCAACAGCAUCGGCACAGCAAAGGCCUCCCUGGACCUCGUAGUGGAGACUACCAAGGUGGUGAUCAGCCCUUCUCCAGAGGUGCGUGAAGGGGAUCCCGUCUCUCUCACCUGCGAAGACAUCAGCUCUGCAUCCAACGCUCUUUACUCCUGGUACAAGAACGCCCAAUGGCUGGCUGAGGGGCCUGCGGACUCCCUCAUGAUCCAGGCAGCCACUCCAGGAGAUGCGGGGGCCUACUCCUGCCGAGUGCGCAACGCGAGAAGAAUCCGGACUUCUCCCCCUGUCCCCAUGCACGUUCUCUAUGCUCCCAAGGAGCUCACGCUGGUCUCCUUCCUGGAGACGCAAUCCAGGCAGCAAGCCAUUCUCCAGUGCGCAGUGGAGAGCCAUCCAUUAUCUGACCUCACCCUGUACAAAGGACAUGAGAUUGUGGCAUCCAGCUUGAGUUCUGGAGGGCUGCCCACCUCCCGGCUCAAUGUCCACCGGGCCCACAACUUCCUGAAGGUGGAAAUCAAGGGGGUGCACCUGGAAGAUGAAGGAGAAUACCUCUGCUUCGCUAACAACACUUAUGGAGCCUCCAAAGCUACUGUAUACUUCAGUGUGGAGAGUGCAAGAAUAACUGUCGAGCCUUCGCCGGACAUCCAGGAAGGGUCUGCAGCCAACUUGACCUGUCUGGUUGCCAGCCGGGCUGCUGGAGGAAUGAACUACACUUGGUAUAAGAACAGCCAGUGGCUCCAAGACGGGCCUGGCCACUCCCUGCUCCUGGAGAUGGUCACCAUAGAUGAUGCUGGCUCAUACCACUGUCGGGCUGAGGGGGAGACGGGAAGCGUGACCUCCAACCUGGUCCUCUUGAACGUGCUUUACGCCCCUCGGACUCCCACCCUCAGCGCCUUCCUAGACAACCAAAGCGGGAGAGUCGGAAUCCUUCGCUGCCAAGUCAGCAGCCACCCCCGGUCCGAGCUGGCCCUCUACAAAGGGGGCAGCCUCCUGGCUCACACCCAGCGGGGCCGCCCAGCAGCUGCCCCGAGGCUCCAAGUGCUGCAGUCUUACAACAGCCUCAAGGUGGAGAUUCGGCACCUGGUGGCAGAGGAUUCAGGGCGCUACACCUGUCUGGCCAGCAAUCCCUACGGCAACGGGACCGCCGCCUUGGAUUUCAGUGCCGAGACUCUCUCUGAUCUCCACUUCUUCAAAGUCAUGGCAGGGGUCUUCGUUGGCAUGGCUUGCGCAGCUGGGCUUUGCGCCUCGGCCUUUGGCGUCCGCAGAAACUGGAGCAGGAUAAAGGAACAGCGGAAAAAGUGGAAGCCGUGGAGAACCCAGAAGGUGGAACUGGUGGAGAUGGACAAGAAAGUAGCAGAAGCCCAGGUGAUGAGGUGCGGAACGAACAAGAUCCUGGAGUUCCUCUUUGUGGAUGAUUCUGUUCCAGCCAUCCGAGGCCAGAAGCAAAGGGCAGAAUUCCCCCAAGGAAACCCCCCUCCGGCCAAAGCAGCACCAGCUUCUUGUGAACCGCAGAAGUAA